AUGUCUAUUACUACUGCUCCAGAUUAUGAUUCCAAAAAACCAUAUCGACCAAAAAUACGAAUGCAUAAUCCACCAAUUCCAGAAGCCAUUUUAAAUCGAUGUGUUCUGAUAAAAAAGUUUCAGAGCAAUCAAAAUGAAAUAAAUGAAGAAGUUGAUCCAAUGGGUUUGAUCAAUAAAUACAAACCUCAUAUCCUCAAUCGGUUCAAUGUCAACCGGUACCUUCCUGACGAUCAUCGGGCUAUACAAUCGUAUCGAGAUGUUCUCACAAUUCCAGCCGAACAGGUUCCAAUAUUCAGUGCUCCGCAACUCAAUACAUUAUUUCCUGCAUUGCCUCCCAAUGAGAUCCCUCAACCAAAAUAUAGCUCUCUCUUGCCCAUCUUAAUCCCUGCACAAGCUGCCGAUAUAGAUUUUUAUCAAUACGAUAUUGUCAGCGAGAGGAAUUCCCUACUAAAAAUUGCCUCGACUCAUAAAGAGUGUAUCGUAGGAGUAGUCCGUUGUGGGAAAACAUUGUUUCUCAGACGGUAUGACCGACGACGUGCUAAUCAAAAUGAUGCAGGGUAUCAGUUUGAGCGAAUGUGCACACCCGGUUAUGAUCUUGAAGUCGAGUACAAAUACCUGAUCGAAGGAUACAUUGGCAAUUUCCAAACAUUAAUAACAGCUCAAGUUCAUUCAGUUUCUGAAGAUGAUGGUCUACCUAUAGAACUGAAAUGUCCAGAACUAAAAUGUUCACGAUCGAAUUGUCCACAAUUGAAAUGUCCAGAACUGAAAUGUUUAGAAGGAGACGGUAAGCUCCAUCUCGACGAAAAAUGGUUACAAAUGUUUCUUGGUGGAGUAGAAAAACUCAAGGUUGGUUUACGAUCUGGCGGUCGGUCCGCACAAUUACUGCAGAUUGUCCCCUAUGACGCAGCGAACAUGGUCGACGUCAAUAUCAAAAUAAAUUUUUUACGGUAUCUUAACCAGGUGCUUCUUUUUCUUCAAGAUAAUGUUCAAGAAGCUCGUAGUUAUUUGCUCUGCCGUUAUCGUCAUGAUGAAUCAUCGAGAGAUAUGGAUUUAUUCUUGUAUGAGGUGACUGAUCGAGAAGAUAUGCAGACAUUAGAAUUUGUUCCGAAUUGGAUGCUCAAAAAACUGCAGAUUCGCAACACAUGA